GUUUUCUAGGGUUUGGUAGAGUUAAGCUCCGGAUUCUGUUUUUUUCUCUUCCAUGGCUUCCCUAGGUUAUGCCGUUUCACCCAGAGGAUUUGGUAGAGUUCAAUUCCAGGGUAUUAAUAUUACUUAUUUUAAGACAUGGAGCAAUUGUACCUCUGCUCAGAUGGAAUCAGCCAGGCUACUACUUCCUAUUUAGUAGUAAUUCUCUUUUCCAGUCGACUAGUGAUCAAGAGGAACAACUCUUAAGUUGUUUUUAUUGUGAUCUCUACAUCUCCAAUAAACAGAAAAAUGGAAAGGUACACAAUUAUUAAGGAAGUUGGUAAUGGUACAUAUGGGAGUGUAUGGCGAGCUUUGAAUAAAGAGACUGGUGAAGUGGUUGCAAUUAAGAUAUUGAGGAAGAUGUAUUAUUCAUGGGAAGAAUGCAUCAACUUGAGAGAAGUCAAGUCGUUGAGGAAUAUGAGCCAUCCAAAUAUCGUUAAGCUUAAUGAAGUGAUUAAAGAGAAUGACAUAUUAUACUUUGUGUUCGAAUACAUGGAGUGCAACUUAUAUGACUUUAUCAAGGAUAGGCCUACACUAUUCUUAGAAUCAGAGGUGAGAAAUUGGUGCUUCCAAAUAUUUCAAGGUCUUGCAUACAUCCAUCAACGUGGAUAUUUUCAUCGCGAUCUUAAGCCAGAGAACUUGUUGGUUUCAAAAGAUCAUACAAUAAAAAUUGCUGAUUUCGGUCUUGUUCGGGAGAUCAAUUCUCAGCCCCCAUAUACGGAAUAUGUCUCAACACGUUGGUAUCGUGCCCCUGAAGUUCUUCUACAAUCACCAAUAUAUGGUCCCGCUGUUGAUAUGUGGGCAAUGGGUGCAAUAAUGGCUGAGUUAUUAACUCUUCGUCCUCUAUUCCCUGGUUCAAGUGAAGCAGAUGAGAUUUACAAAAUAUGCAGUGUUAUAGGUAGUCCAUCAAAGAGUGAAUGGGCUCAUGGGCACCAACUAGCUGCUGCUAUCAACUACCAGUUUCCACAGAUCCCUGGUGUAAAUCUGUCUAUAUUACUCCCAUCUGCUAGCGAGGAUGCAAUUAAUCUGAUCACUUCACUUUGUUCGUGGGAUCCUUGCAAGAGGCCAACAGCCGUCCAAGUUCUUCAGCACCGUUUCUUUCGGAGUUGCUUUUAUGUACCUCCAUCAUUACGCUCUAUGAUUGUUGUUACUCCAUCUGCUGGAAUGAAGGGUUCCUCAGAGCAAAAACCCAGCAGAUGGACUCAAAGCCUAAUAGCAACUUCUAUCCAGAGAAAUUAAGGCAAAACCUAUCUCUAAGUUUCAUUGCUUGUUACUAAUGCAUAAUGGGACGCAGAUCCUU